AUGUUUUUCGAUCCGGAAUUCUUGGAUCGCCGCCUGGCUGGCAAGGGACUGGAGCCGCUCUCGCACGCUGCCGAUCCAAAGCGCAAACCGAACCCUUCACACCAAGGCCAGCCCUCGAGAUCGCGAAUCGCCGUGCCUCUCUUCUCGAAGCCUGCAGACUAUGUGCCUGGCAGCGGUCCGCCGUUGCGGCCAAUCUCCUUGCUCCCCGCAGGCGAUUCUACAGCGUACAUUCUCGAGCGUGUCCUGCUGCCUUCUCCUGGGCCAGCGCCGAAUGGCAAGCCGCUGCCGAAGCGAAUGGCCUAUUUGAUCGGGUGGCGCGAUCUGCGAGCCGCGAGCAUGGUGGUUCCCGCAAUGCAGGUCCUGGAAUACGUGUCUCCGCGGACGUUGGAGGAGUUUGAGGCAAAGCUGGAACAGGAGGUGGACGACGAGAAGGAGAAGCUGCGGAACGAGCUCAAGUCGGGCCUGGAGGCGCCGCAGAAGAAGAAGAAGAGAGGACGGCCACCCGCUCAUAGCCAGAUAAAGUCUGCCGUGGUGGCAGAGCCCGUAACUGAGACGCCGACACCGACGAAGCUACGGCACAAGAAGGGCGUUAUCAGCCUGUCGACUCCCCAAAAGUCCAGGCUGGCGGAUUUCGAGUGGUUGUCGGAAGACGAUGCGAGCCCCUCGCGGCAGAUUGCCGAGGAGCAGUUUCAGAGCUUGCAUGGCUUUCUGCCUGAGCCCGAGGAGGGUAUUCAUGUGGUGGGAGACGAAAACGAUCCUCUUGCAACCAGAAAUCUCGCGCAUCCCGUGCGUGGUGCUCCACAAGCAAGCCUUGUUCAUACUGCUGGUAGCAACCCGGCGAAGCAGAAACAGCCAUCGGCAUCGCCUAACCCAGAAUUCGCAAGGAUUAAGACUCUUGUUUCCGCUGAUGGCGGGGUGCAGACAUUGGCGACUAAUAAGCACAGCUUACCUCCAGUGGCUUUGUCUGUUGACGAGAGCAAUUGGGGUAAACAGCCUUUAUACCUGCCUCCAUCGUCAUCUGCCCCAUCUGUGGUACAGACAGUACAGGCAGCACAGAAACAGGCAGAGAUACAGAACCCUAUAAUCAGCCUUGGUGAAGGCGCCAAAGUAGACCAGAAGCUGGAGCAAUCAAAGAAGAGACCCAGGUCUGACGACGAAGGUGCCAAGGGUGAGGCCCAAGAGGACAACGGCUGGGUGGUGGAGAGGAUAGAAGAUGUGGAAUAUUACGAAGUCGAUGGCAUUGGCUUGGUAAGAUAUUUCAAAGUGAGCUGGGAGGGCGACUGGCCACCAGAUCAAAAGAGGACGUGGGAGCCGGAAGAAAACAUUCCACCUAGUCUCGUACGAAAUUUUUUCAAAAACUCGAGGAAUAAACGGAGAGCAUUAUCAAGGCUAGGCACCCAGGGCCACAGCCAUGGCCAUCCCGAGAGAAAGGGCAAGCCAGUUAAACGGAAUGGUGGCUCUUCAAAGAACACCCAUAGUCAGGGACUUUCUCUGAAGCAAGGCACACUCUCAUGGCCCGCCGUCCGCAGGCAGUACAAGAGCGUCAGCGAAGCCUUUGCCGCAGAAGAUUAUGACGACGGCCCCGGGAUGAUGGACAACGACGGCUACGAAGCCGAGGAAGAAGAUCUCGGCGGGAACGGACAAAACGAAUAUUUUGUCGUGACGGAAGAUGGCGACGAAAAUUUGCGUGGCCGGAGUCUAUGGCCAGGCGCUGGUGCUCUUUCAUCUGCAUUUGGCGUACUUGGGGGGCUGCAAUGA